GAGCGAGCGGAGAGCCGGCGGGGAGAUGGACGGCGCCGGCAGGGAGGAGCUGGACAUGGAAGUAAUGAAGCCUUUAAUUGAUGAACAAAAUUCAGAUGGCAUCUCGGAUGAAGAGCAUGAAAAUAACUUCCUGCCAGCUGAGAAGCAUUACCAGCUUGAUAAUGAAGAAGGCAUUACGUUUAUACAAACACUUACGCACCUCCUCAAGGGAAACAUUGGAACUGGGCUUCUUGGUCUUCCACUUGCAAUAAAAAAUGCUGGCAUUGUGAUUGGACCAAUCAGCCUUAUGUUCAUAGGAGUUAUAUCUGUUCAUUGUAUGCACAUCUUGGUACGUUGCAGCCACUGUCUAUGUCAGAGGAUGAAAAAAUCCUCACUGGGGUAUAGUGAUACAGUUAGUUACGCCAUGGAAGUGGGGCCCCUGACUGCUCUUCAGAAACGAGCUUCUUGGGGACGGUAUAUUGUUGACUUUUUCCUGGUGAUAACACAGCUGGGAUUUUGUAGCGUUUAUGUUGUGUUCUUGGCAGAAAAUGUGAAACAAGUCCAUGAAGGAUUCUUGGAAAACAAGACUGCUCCCAUAAAUGUCAGUGCCACCAGCAGUCCUUCUGAGAAAAGGAGUACUGAUUUACGAAUAUACAUGCUGUGUUUCCUGCCAUUCAUGAUCCUCCUGGUCUUUAUUCGUGACCUUAAGAGCCUGUCCUUGCUUUCAUUGCUUGCCAAUCUGUCCAUGGCUGUCAGCCUGGUGAUCAUUUACCAGUAUAUUGUUAGAGAUAUAGUAGAUCCUCGAAAACUGCCUCCUGUGGUUGGCUGGAAGAAAUACCCACUGUUUUUUGGGACUGCAAUAUUUGCUUUUGAAGGAAUCGGUGUGGUACUCCCAUUGGAAAACAGAAUGAAGGACACCACGCGUUUCCCACAGGCGCUGAACAUUGGCAUGGGAAUAGUCAUGACCUUGUAUAUCUCACUAGCCACACUAGGGUAUCUGCGCUUUGGGGAUGAAAUCAAGGGCAGCAUAACUUUAAACCUGCCACAAGAUAUAUGGUUGUAUCAGUCUGUAAAAAUUCUGUACUCCUUUGGGAUUUUUGUGACCUAUUCAAUUCAGUACUAUGUUCCUGCGGAGAUCCUCAUUCCAGCUGUCACCUCCAAAGUGGAGCAGAAGUGGAAGUUACUCAGUGAGCUUGUGGCAAGAGCACUAUUAGUCUGCUCAACCUGUGCUGUAGCAGUUUCGAUCCCUCGCCUAGACCUGGUGAUUUCUUUCGUUGGAGCCGUCAGCAGCAGCACUCUGGCACUGAUUCUGCCACCUCUGGUUGAAAUCCUCACUUUCUACAAGGAAAACUUAAGUUUGUGGACGGUAUUUAAAGAUGUUUUUAUAGCUGUCAUUGGAGUUGUUGGAUUUUUAACAGGGACGUAUGUGACGGUUGAAGAAAUCAUUUAUCCUGCAUCCACAGUUCUAGCUAACGCAACAGAGAGCAUCUCUGCAGAUUUAAAUGCUACAAACUUGGUGGUUGGUUUGAAGUAAUAACCAGCCACUGUGAACUAUUUUGUUCCUUGACAAGAAAUCCUAGAUGGAUGGCGGACCUACGUGUGGGACAAUUUCCAAUGGAUUUUAAAUGAAUUUUUGAAAAAUAGCAUGCAGCCCUUUCUCACUCUGUUGUUUGUUCUUUCCGUCAUUCCUUCCCAUCUGCUACCUGAAUUAACCCCUUUGCUCUCAACCUCUGCUCAUCUAGUGAAAAACUGAAUUGAUGUCAGGAUUUAAAAUGUAUACACGAAUAUAGGAAGGAAAUGUGAUUUUAGGUUAUUUGUGAGAAAAAAAGAAGAAUUUUUAUAAGGAAGUCAAGAUGCCUCCCUCCUCAGAAAAGGUGGAAGUCAGUCCAUUCAUCAUAUCCAGGCAGGAAGUCUAGGCACUACUAUUUUCACUCCAGCUCUGUUGUAAGGGGUAGAGUGGGAGCUCAGUGAUGCAUAGACCUUCUCUUGGCUGUCUCUGACGGGAUAAAUUGCACCCCGGUGAACCAGAGACACUUUAGUUUUAAAAAAGAGCAACUGUGUUUUCAUUUCCAUUCUGAGGACUUAGAUGUUUGCCAUGGAGAAGUCUUUGGGUAGUUGCAGUUGCCUGGCUCUGGUUCCUGGGAGUCAGUAUGUCUGGAAUCAGAGUGCACUGUGCAGAAUGACUGUGACUCUUGUUCAGUCUUUUCACAUUGGCUCCAAGGGGAGUUUUUCAAGCAAUUGGAAGGACCAAGCCCUCCCUGGUUAGUAUAGCAGACCACUGCUGAUGGUGGGUUAUAUGACAGUAAGCAUAAAGGCAUUUUUUCAUGCUGACCAUCUUAACAUUUAAGCUGAAGAAUGGACAGGAGUGUAAGGUAAGGUUUAGAGUUAAAGGCUGGGUCUUUUAUUAGACCAAAAGGUAGCUAGUUAGGAGUGUUCUUGCCAUCUUACAGGUUCUGUUACUAUAUGUUCUUGUACCAUGAGCUGUUCAGGAUGGCCAGACCCCUGCUCCAGGGAAAUGGCAGCUGUGAUGCUCAGUAGAGCCAUGGAGGUCUGGCUGUCCAGAGCAGCUUAAAGAUUCACGAUGUUAAUUUCUGUAUGAGAAAGGAAAGGAUGAGACACUACUUUCUAGAAUGGAGCUUGUGCCAUAUUUUCACACGUAUAAGCUGUGGGUUAUUUGUGAAAGAACUUGUGAUUCCACAGCACUGUGAGCUGGGGGGGUCACCGAGGAUGUCUGUUUUGAAGCCCUUUCUUUCUCAAGCACACCACCUGCCUGCAGGUUGUCUGAAGAAGUGACUCAGGACUUGGUUUCAACUACUGGUACUUUGUAGGGAGGUACAGUUUAUAUGAGACAUAGGGUAUACAUGUGAAAAUACGAUAUUUUUUUAGAAAGUUAUUAUAUAUCCCUUUUGGAUUUUGAAUGAAAAGUUACAGGAUGUUGUUUAUCAGAACAAUAUUACUUUAAUGAUGCAAAAACAUUCAACACCGCAAAUGAUAAGCAGUUAAUUUUUGUACAUUUUGGUAACUGCUGUCCUGACCCAUUUUUUACACCAUUUCUUUAUCCUUGAUUUCAACUAUACAAAUGUAUGAAAUAUUGUAUUUUUUUUUACCUAUUGCUAGAAGUCUGUAGACUGCCUAUCUAUAUUUCUAUUGGAACAUAUAAUAAUUAUUUUUGCAUUCUUAUGUUCUGCCUUAA